AUGGCCCAGUCCCGUAUGUCCCGGACACAGACAGACAUUGCUGUUCCGUGGAUCGAAGAAGAGCUGCUCGGGCAGCUGCUAGCGCUCCGGGCGUCGGCCGUGGCCGGUUUGGGCGACGGCGUGCUCGGGCCGCCCGAUCUCGUGCACAUGGCGCGGCAUGACUCAGAUUCGUCGGAGUCGCCCGGCAUGUUCCAUUGUGUCAAUGGAAUCGACUACUCGCGGGGCGAGGUGGCGGUGGAAGACUAUGUUCUUGCGGUGGCGGGGGUGAUUCGGCACGACGGCGGCUAUUUUUUGCCCCAGGCUGGCGGCAAGUGGAGCUUGUGGGAAAAGCGCGAAAGGGCCAAAAACGGCGCCAAGGGCGCAAAUGGCAAAAACGACGGCGGCGACUUGUUCCGCGCGGGCGCGCGCCUUGUGGUGGUGACCUUGUGCACGUACAACGUGUUUGCGCGCGCCGAGGUGCGCGUGCGCUUCGAGAUGCGCGUGGGCGCGCGCGCCAAAACGGGGCGGCCCGUGGCGGUGCACCGCGAGUAUAGCGUGAAGACGCGCCAGAAGGUGCGCACCGGCGCCUUGGACGCGCCCGCGUGGGGCGAGUUGGCCGUGGCCACGCUUGUGCGGUGCUUUUGCGGCGUCGACGACGCGGCGCGGUUGGUGUGUGGCACCGUGAGCUUGGCGGCGCAGGUGUGUUCGGCGCGCGCGCUUCGGGCGGCGCUUGAGCGCGGCGUGCGCCUUUUGCCGCGCGGCCACUUGACGGGCAUGCGGGCGGGCUUUGGCGGCGUCACGGCGCUGCUGAAGGAGCAAGAUAAGACCGUCAAGAGCGUCAAGGACGGCAUCAAGGACAUCAACGUUUCUCACAGGGCCACGCCGUCGACGUCCAGCAUUGCGUCCGACCAGCCCGACCGCGACUCCGACCAGUCCGACCGCACGCUGCGCUACCGCAACCGCCUUGUGGACACGUUGGUGCGGCUCGUGCAGCUCGACAGCUCGGGCCGCGCGGCCGCGCGUGCGGCCGACCUCGUGCGCUCCAUCCACGGCGACGCCUUUUCCGUCGUCGAGGCACGGCUUCUCCGCGCGCAGCACUCGGCCUCCAACGACCAGCGGUUUCUUGCGCUCGCGCACUCGCAUGUUUUGGCGGCCCCGUGGCUGGCGCAGUCGGCGCUUCUUGUGGUGGAGCAGGUGCGCUUCUUGAUCUCGCGCGGCGCGCUCGACCCGGCGCUCGCCUUGGCCGCCCGUGCCGUGCGCAUGUUGCCCCUCGACUUUGACUGCUGGUACCACUUGGCGCUCUGCCAUGCGGUGCGCGGCAACUUGCCCGACGCCGUUCGCACGCUUGCCCAGCUCCCGGUGCUGUUUGCCCGAUCGCAGCAGGAAGGCGUCGACGGGUUCCCUGAUGUGGUGUUUCUCCGUGAACAGGCGGCGAAAAACGGCGUGCGGCCGCGCUUCGCCAGUUUCGGCGCCAAGUUCGAGAAGGCCGAAGCCGACCCCAGCGCAAGGCCCUAUGUCCAGCUUGGGGCGGUUUUCCCGCUGCCGACGUUGGCGCCGCUUGCGGCUGACUUGCCGGCUCCGCUUGCCCCAUCUGCUCCUGCCGGGCCGCCCGUGUUUGGGCCGUACCACCUGACGCCGCUUUUGCGGGCAUCGGCGCUCGAGCUUUCAGUGCUUGACGCGGCCGUGGCCAAAGUCAGCGCGCAGAACAGCCCGCGCCUGCUUCUUUGCGCCCACUCGGCGGGCGCACCGCCCUGUGUGCUCGACUGGGACCGCGCCUCCACCUUCGGCCGCGCCCACAGCUUGGUCACUUUCAUGGCCGCUGUGCACGGCUGGGAUGCGGUUGUGCGCGCGAAAACCCAAGUGUUCGAGCUGGCCGAAAGUAAACCUGCUAGUCCCGACUCGGCCGAGUUUCCUGCCAGCACUUCAAGAAUACGCACCCUUUCAGACAGUGAGACGCGGAAAGAGCAACACAUUGCAACUCUCCCGACGGCAGCCACUUCCGAGUCUACAUUAGAUGUUCUGGCGUCGUUAGAGCCGCUAGACGCUCCCGCUCCAUGUCCUCUUUGGCUUGACCUGCUCUUCCUUGUCGUCUACGAUGAUCUCCGCACAGUGUUAACGGUCUCGGAUGUCGAUAGAAGCGCCCUUUCGUGGCAGAUGAUCGGUCUUCUAGGAUGGACAUGCAAAAUCAACCUCAAGGACAGCAUCACGGCCCUAAUGACCAGCGUGGCCGCGGCGGAAAGAGAAGGCUCUUUUGACUAUUUUGGCACCAUCAAACUUUUGGAAAUCUACAGCGAGCUAGUGUUGAGCUCUGUAGAUGAAUCGUCCAUCGACCUGUUUUCUUGUGUCUACGACCAGCGACACUAUACACACAAGUUGGCGCUACGCCGAGCCCCCAAAAUCAUGCACGAUCUCGUCUCUCUCUUCUCGCUCGAAUAUGUGUUGCAGCUUGUUCUGCGUUACGUGGCUUGGACCGUGCGCUGGUACGGCUACAUGCCCAGCUUUUUGGUGACAGACACUCUUAUCCGUCUAUGUUACAAGUACGACCCAGUGCAGAUCCGGGCCACUAUGCGUGUUGUUUGUGCGCAGAAACCCGAUAAAAAACAGCUGGGGUCCGCCCGUCUGGCGCUGGAUAGCGGCGUGGUGGAAUACGUCGACUCGCUUCUUGACUGGAUCGACGUGUUGAGUUCGAGCCAGAACACAGAAGAAGAGGCCGAGAGCGAGUGA